AGGAAAUGAAUUUAUCUUAAAAUAUUUCUCUAGUUUAGAUCAAGAAUCCAUCUCCCAUUCCAAGAAAGAACCGUUCAACCAAUUAUCCCACCGUAACACUUCCUUCGACGCGUUACACAUAAAUAUAUAUAUAUAUAUGUAUGUGUUGAUUAAUUAUACAAAGUCAUACUACAUAGUUAUUAUACACAUUUAACAGAGAGAGAGAGAGAGAUGGAGAAGAGUUACAACAACUAUAGGGUGUUUGGAUUGUACAACCGGAAAUUCAAGAUCAGCGAGCCCCACGCGCCGCCCGAGGUCGCCGCGGCGUUCAAGCAAUACGCGGAGGGGGCGGCCCGCAUGAAGGCGGAGCAGCUGCACAAGUUCUUGAUCGACUACCAAGGGUGCACGGACGCCCACGCGGCCAGGAUCGUGGCGAAGGUGUUCCUCCCGCGCCACAACGUCGACGGCCUCACGCUCGAUCACUUCUUCAGUCUCGUCUUCGACUCUCAACUCAAUGCUCCUAUUAAUUCUCAGGUGCACCAUGACAUGAGUGCUCCAAUGCAACAUUAUUUCAUAUACACAGGCCACAAUUCCUACUUGAUCGGAAACCAGUUGAACAGCGAGUGUAGCGAAGUCCCCAUCAUCAACGCUCUCGAAAAUGGCGUUCGAGGCAUUGAGUUGGAUCUAUGGCCCAAUUCCGCCAAAGACAACAUCCUAGUUUAUCACGGAAAAACACUGACCCCUCCCGUGCCAUUGAUGAGAUGCUUAGAGUCGAUCAAAACUCACGCAUUCCUUAAAUCUCCGUACCCUGUCAUAAUCACUCUAGAAGAUCAUCUUCCUCCACAUCUUCAAGCCAAAGUUGCUGAGAUGGUUAUUCGUGUUUUCGGGGACAUGCUUUAUUGUCCCGAGUCAUUGGAAGCGUUUCCUUCGCCUAACGACUUGAACCACAAGAUCAUACUAUCUACCAAGCCACCAAAAGAGUACCUUGCCCACAACAAUGCUGAUCUAUCUCAUUCACCUCUGCCCGAAAAAUAUAUCUCUGAGAGCGACGACGAAGAAGGCGAGGAAGUCCAAGAGAAGCUGAGGAGUAGGGCUGCGCCCGAAUACAAAAGUCUCAUAGGCAUUCGCGCAGGAAGUGCAAAGAAGGGAUUGAGACAGGCUCUAAGAGAUGGAAGCAACAAUGUUAGUAGGCUUAGUUUGAGUGAACAGAGGCUGGAAAAGGCUGCAGAUUUAUAUGGCACAGAUGUCAUAAGAUUCACACAGAGGAAUAUAAUGAGGAUAUAUCCAAAGGGAACAAGAGUGACAUCAUCUAACUAUAAGCCAAUGAUAGGGUGGAUGCAUGGAGCUCAGAUGGUUGCCUUUAACAUGCAGGGGCAUGGAAAGUCGCUUCAGAUUAUGAAGGGGCUGUUUAGUUCGAAUGGAGGCUGUGGGUAUGUGAAGAAGCCUGAUUUUCUUAUGAAGAGAGGUGUAAACAAUGAGGUUUUUGACCCUAAACUAACAUUGCCUGUCAAGAUGAUUUUAAAGGUAAGUGUAUACAUGGGAGACGGGUGGCGACAUGAUUUUAGCCACACGCACUUUGAUGCAUAUUCACCACCUGAUUUCUACGCCAAGGUGUACAUAAUUGGGGUGGGAGCGGAUGGUGCAAAGAAGAAGACGGAUUUUAAGAAAGACGAGUGGAUCCCUUAUUGGAACGAAGAGUUUACAUUUGGAUUGAGAAUUCCGGAGCUAGCUGUGUUGAGGAUUGAAGUAAGGGAUCACGAUACAUCUGAAAAGGGUGAUUUUGGGGGGCAAACUUGCUUGCCGGUGUCGGAGCUAAGGCAAGGGAUACGUGCAGUUCCUCUCUACGACAGGAAGGGUCUCAAAUACAACUCUGUCAAGCUCCUCAUGCGCUUUCAGUUUCACUAUGACUCCUCUCUUUAGUUAACGCACGUCUCAAUUUUUCUAAAUUCUGUCCCACGAUAUCACUUCUUUUUCUUUUCUUGUAACAAACUGAUGCCUCUUUAAUUGUAUUCACUGAAUUGCACUGUGCCAUAAAAA